AUGAUAUCAACAUUUCUACUUGAUUUCUACUUGUUUUAAGUAUUCAGCGAAAUGUCUUCUGUCUCUCAGCCUCAGUCUAACAUUUCUGUUCAGUUGCAUGAUGCUGAGUUUCUGGAACGGAUGAUCACCUUCGGCCUGUGCACCAUCCCAUCCUGUGUGUUUCUCUUCAUUAAUGGAACCAUCUUGUUCACUCUGAGUAAAUCUGUUUUUCGUGGCACCUCUCGGUAUAUUCUGUUGUCUAACCUUCUUCUUGCAGAAACUGCACAGUUAGCAGUGUGUCAGGUUCUGUUUCUGCUCUCUGUUUGUAGAAUUUGGCUAACAUAUCCUGUUUGCGGCACACUAACAGUUUUUGCCAAUGUCACAAAUGUAAUCUCUCCUCUUACACUGAUGGUGAUGUCUCUGGAGCGGUGUGUAGCUGUGUGCUUCCCCUUUAGACAUGCUUUAAUCGUCACCGUCAGAAACACAAGACUGGCGAUUCUUUCAGUUUGGACUUUCAGUUCCUUACAUAAUAUCAUUCGUGUUGUUUUGCUGUUAGAAUUUCCUUUUCAAGGACUGGGAAGUCUAGAGAUGAAAGAUUUAUGUUCUGAACUCACAAUGCUGCUUGGGUCCAGGUCUAAAGCUUACGAUGAUGCUUUCACUGGUUUCCUGUUUGUUUCAGCAGCCAUGGUAAUCAUUUCAUCCUACAUUGGUGUAAUAAUAGCAGCCAGGUCGGCAUCCACGGGGAAAGCUUCAGCCCUGAAGGCUCGUAACACAUUAAUGCUGCAUUUGGUGCAGUUAUGCCUCAGUUUGUCCUCAACUAUUUACAACCCAAUGCUUGUAGCUCUUAUAAAAAUUGUUCCAACUGUAGUGUUUAUACGGUUAAAUAAAUUUCUUUAUGUAUUAAUUAUUUUAUUCCCCAGAUGCUUGAGUUCUCUAAUUUAUGGUCUUAGAGAUCAGAUGAUCAUGCCUGCUCUUCUGGGCCAUCUAUGUUGUCAACUAAAGCUUAAAGCUGCUGCUGUCCAUGGCUGA